GGAGAUGAUUUGACAGUCUGGUUUGGUGGUGUUGGUUCAGCUUCAUUUAAGAAGAGACCAAAGCUAAAGAAAAAGAAGAAGAAGAAACAGGUGUUAAAGCUGGAGCUUUCCAAAAGUGAGUCAUUUCAGUUUGGUAAUUUAUGUUCAGAGAGCAAAUGUAAUAGUGGCAAUGCAGGAGAUGCUACAUCUACAGCAGGAGUAGUUGAACCAGUGCUGCCUGUACAAGUAACUGGCCCAGAAUCAGGCAAACAAGAAGAAACUGUUCCUGGGGUGGAAGUUAUACACGCAGAGGAUCAGAUGGCAGGGGUACAUGUAGUUGAACCAGUGCCACCUGUACAUGAAACUGGCCCAGAAUCAGGCAAACAAGAAGAAACUGUUCCUGGGGUGGAAGUUAUACAUGCAGAGGAUCAGAUGGCAGGGGUACAUGUAGUUGAACCAGUGCCACCUGUACAUGAAACUGGCCCAGAAUCAGGCAAACAAGAAGAAACUGUUCCUGGAGUGGAAGUUAUACACUUAGAGGAUCAGAAUGCCACUAAACCAGCAAGCAACAACCACUCACGAACUCAGGUCAUUAUUGAGCAUAGCUACCUUGGUCCUCUGUGCUUACAGUUUACUAACCCGCCGUCAGUUGUUGAUGUAAAAAGUGAGAUUAUGGAGAGAACUGGACUUCCAACCAAAGACCAAGAUCUUUACUGUAAUGGAAAGAAGCUAUGUGACAGUCAAAGCUUAAGACCCCUCGUCGAUUGUAAUCAAGACAGUCAAACACUUACACUCUCUGUAGGGUCUCUUAAAGGUGGAGUACUUCCCAGAGAAACCACAGAGGAAGGUGCCGUUGGGGGAGAGAAUGAUCCAUCGACAUCACAGGAAGAAGCCAUACAGUCAAUGGAAACAUGGGAUGUGGAAAAAACAGCCUCCUGGCUUUGUGAAAUUGGGCUAGAUGAGAAGUAUGCAAACAUUUGUCGGAAAGAAGUCAUAAAUGGACGCGCUCUGCUCUUGUUAGCAUGCAAAUAUCCCGAUCAAUUGCGCUCAGUUUUUCAGAUGAAAACCGGGCCAGAGACGAUUCUGAUGCAAGACCUUGAACCACAUUUAAACGCCUUUGAGCCAAACAAACCCCAGACACCAGGCAAGCCCCAGACAACAAAGAUGAUGAGCAAAUGGACUGUUAAAGAGUUGUGUUGUUGGCUUGAUGAAUUAGGCACUCCAAAAGAGUGCUUAGUAAAAGCAGAGGAAGAGGAAAUUAGUGGACGAGCCUUCAUUUUGUUAUUGAGAAAUUCUGAUAAACUGAAAGCGUGCCUGCAUUUGACAUUGGGCUCAUGGAUUGUUCUUCAGCAUGAGCUGCUAUUACAUGAGGAGGAGCAAAGCAGUGGUGAAACAUGUGACGCUUGGAAAGAGGUUUCGACAAAUAGACCCAGCCUGCCCAUGCCAACCGAACAAAUGGAUGACUCGAAGGCGCCACUGUCCGCUGAGGAUCCGUCAACCAAGAGUGUAACUGACACACCGUCCAAACCUGUUUUAUCCAAGGAAGAAGAAAAGCAGCUAUUGCUGGAAAACGCGCUAAAACUAAAACCCACUACAAGUGACACAACGAAGACUGUUUCAACUCCAGGUCAAAGUGACGAGAAACCAUUGUUGACGCUCGAUACUCCACAGCUGCAAUCUCCAAGAUCCUUCAAUAGUGAAGUUGGAACCCCAUGUAAGUUUUACCGGGAAGGUUCAGUAUUGAACUGCUGGGAAACUGGCCCAAAAGACAUGAUUAAUCCAGUCCACGAAUUUAAAAUUUUUCGAGUUGGUGUCAACUCUGGUGAAGAUGACUGCAUGAAGAAAUUUGUGUACGAGACUUUGCGAUUUGCCUGUGGUUGUUUAAAUGAAAGGACGAAUGGAACAAUACACUUUGGAGUGGCUGAUGAAGUAGCAACGCAAACUUGCGGUUACAAACCUAGAGAAAUUGUCGGUUCUUCAGUUAGUAACAAGCCCCUCUACAACGACAAGCUUACGGAGUUCAUUGACAAGUGUUUUGUUGGCGAAAGUCGAAGUAAUGUUCACAACUGUGUUCGACCUCCUGUUUUCGUUCCUGUAAAAGGUCUGGGGGCAGAGCAACAGUCUGAUGAUAAAGUGGUCAUAGAAGUUGACAUCGAACCAAACUAUUCCCUGUGUAAAGGUGAUAUUUUCAAAGUUGGGUUUAAAGCUCUUAAUCGUGGAAAAACGGAACGUGAAGCUAAAGCCUAUGUUAGACAUGGCUCGCAGACAAAAGCAAUUGUUGAUUUACCGGAAAUGGAAAACUAUAUGAAAAACCGCCUUCCCAAAUUAGAUGAACAAAGGAAGAUGCGAGAACAAGCCAACAAUCAGAAUAUGGAAAGUCAGAUACCUGUACGGGAUCUUUUUACUAAACUUAAGAGACUUCUAUGCGCAAACAAAAAGGUUUUAGACUCCUCUGUCUACCCAAUUUUGGUUUUAAGUAAGCCAGAUGCCAGUAUGAAUCAAGAAAUCGUGGACAAAACGUUCCGUUUUGUCCAAAAAAUCAAGUGGCUCACAGUCUUUGAUUUCGAUGAUCACGGUUCCGAUGGCAAAGGUCUCUGUAAGGUAUUCAAAUCUGGGCCUGAUGCACCUCAGUGCGACAUACACGAAGCAGAGGAUUAUGAUGAGGACGAUAAUGUAAUUGAAGACAUCUACUACAAAACUCAUUGGAUAUUUGGAAAUGGUUAUGCAAAACUUGGUAAAGAGGCUUUGGGGUUUAAGCAAUGGAACAAUUCUACGAGGAAAAGGGGUCUUAGCCAAGUAAUACAAUCACUGGCAAAAAAGAUUCCUGAAGCAAGGGCAGUGGUCUUGUUUUUGCUUUUGUCAAAAGACUAUCAGCCAGUGGCAGAUACUUUUAAAGAUUUCUGUACGUUUCUUAAUGGGCCUAAUCAGUUGGUAUAUGUGGCCGAAAAUUCUGAAAUUGUUUCAGAAUGGGAAAAUACUCUCUCUAACACUUGUUUAGAGGAACACGAACUAAGAGAAAGGGGCGUUGUUGGAAUGUCGUGGACUGAAUUUCAAGAGUGUAUGCAGCAGAUGGUUUGUGGAACUGACAGAGAACAACGUUAUGUAACCAUGGCUACAGGAAGUCCCUAUCCAUUAGGGAACGUUUCUUUUAAUGGCAUCGAGAUUGUGAGUGCUAAGGAAUGCGACGAGUUAAAUAAUUUAACCUCGGUGCAACGUUCAAAACUGUCAUCAAAGGCAGAAAUAGCCUUUUACAGAGGGUAUCCUGUUACGUGGAUGAAUUUUUGGUUUACUGGUGCUCAAAAGAAUCAUGUACUUAGACGCGACAAUUACUCUGAAUUAAGGAACUUGAUAGAAAAGCUGCAUUCUCGAGGAACAGAAGGAAAGGUACAAACUAUAACCUUAUAUCACCAUAUNCUUCUGUGUUCAAACAGAAAGAAAUUAGACUCCUCUGUUUACCCAAUUUUGGUUUUAAGUAAACCGGAUGCCAAUAUGAAUCAACAAGUGCUUGACGAAACGUUCCGUUUUGUUCAAAAGAUCAAGUGGCUCACAGUCUUUGAUUUCGAUGAUCACGGUUCCGAUGGCAAAGGUCUCUGUAAGGUAUUCAAAGGGCCUGAUACAACUCAGUGCGACAUACACGAAGCAGAGGAUUAUGAUGAGGACGAUAAUUUAAUUGAAGACAUCUACUACAAGACUCAUUGGAUAUUUGGAAAUGGUUAUGCAAAACUUGGUAAAGAGGCUUUGGGGUUUAAGCAGUGGAACAAUUCCACGAGGAAAAGGGGUCUUAGUCAAGUAAUGCAAUCACUGGCAAAAAAAAUUCCUGAAGCAAGGGCAGUCGUCUUGUUUUUGCUUUUAUCAAAAGACUAUCAACCAGUGGCAGAUACUUUUAAAGAUUUCUGUACGUUUCUUAAUGGACCUAAUCAGUUGGUAUACGUGGCCGAAAAUUCUGAAAUUGUUUCAGAAUGGGAGAAAACUCUCUCUAACACUUGUUUAGAGGAACACGAACUAAGAGAGAGGGGCGUUGUUGGAAUGUCGUGGACUGAAUUUCAAGAGUGUAUGCAGCAGAUGGUUUGUGGAACUGACAGAAACCAACUUUAUGUAACCAUGGCUACAGGAAGUCCCUAUCCAUUAGGAAACGUUUCUUUUAAUGGCAUCGAGAUUGUGAGUGCUAAGGAAUGCGACGAAUUAAAUAAUUUAAGUUCGGUACAACGUUCAGAACUGUCAUCAAAGGCAGAAAUAGCCUUUUAUAGAGGGUAUCCUGUUACUUGGAUGAAUUUUUGGUUUACUGAUGCUCAAAAGAAUCAUGUACUUAGACGCGACAAUUACUCUGAACUAAGGAACUUGAUAGAAAAGCUGCAUUCUCGAGGAACAGAAGGAAAGGUACAAACUAUAACCUUAUAUCACCAUAUAGGAGCUGGGGCUAGCACCAUGACUCGACAAGCCCUGUGGGAUUUCCGUCACAACCCACAGUUUCCCUACCGUUGUGCGGUUGUUACAAAGAUUGAGGACAAUACUUGUAAAGAGCUUCUGUAUCUCAGAAAAAUAGGCUAUGGAGAGCAGAGUGAACAGAGUGAAGUGUCGUUGCCACCCGUGUUAGCAUUGGUAGAUAAUACUGAUGAUUUUUUGUUCCGAGAAUUGCGGUCACAAGUUGUGGAACAAGCCACUAAACUUCCUAGAACAGAUUCACCUGUGUGUGUAUUUCUUUACUGCAAGCCCACGCAAAAGCCACAGGAUUGUUAUCAAAAAGAAAAAGCCACGAGUGUUUUCCUCAAGCAGCACUUAAGCCCGAACGAAGUUAACUGGUUUAAGGACAAAUACACGGAAAUGAAACGAAAAUCUAACAACGAAGAUCCAGAGAAGGAUUUUGAAAACUAUGCAAGCGAAAAUUUAAUUUCGUUUAUGAUAAUGAAAGAGAACUACAAUCCAAGGUACGCCUCGAGUAUUGUUGGGAGGAAUUUGGAUCUCGUGACACGUGACGAAUUGACCUUGUUAGAAUAUGCAUCGCUUCUCAACAUAUACAACCCCUACCCUGUGUUCGCCUCUUGCUUCGAUACGUUAAUGUUAUCUUCAAGCCUUCUUCGAAAGAGAAUCUUCAGAGAUUGGGUCGAAAAUCUCACUCAUUCAGCUCGAAUUUUCUUGCGAGAGGUGGACUGCAGUCCACAGUUUGGAACAGGAAAGGCCAUCGCUAUAGUUCAUCCAAUUAUUGCUGGCGAGCUGGUCGACCAGAUAGUGGCGAGAAAAGAAACGACUGUUAGUCGAAUCAUCCUGGACUUUUUGAAAUCACCUCUGUUACAAAGUCAAGGAAAGUCGUUUACGUCAACUUACCUACUUGACGGAGCAAACAGAAUGCUCAAGCAGCGCAAGAAAUAUGAAUAUGGAGAUGACGUUCAAACAAAAUUCUCACCGUUAAUUGAAAAGAUUUUGUACGUGAAAGAUGCAGGUGACGGGUCGAAAGAACCCACGGAACAAAGCAUACGUGAAGCUGCAGGUGUCCUUGGAGAAGGGCUGCAUAAAUUUGAAGACCCUAUGCUCGCGCAGCAAAUGGCUCGAGUUUUUUACAUAAAUGCCUCAGCGUUUGACACGUUAAGGAUAGAAGAGUGCUUUAACGAGGCCUUCAAGUAUUGUAAUAUGGCAAUUCAAGAGAAUUCCAAUGAUCGAAUUAAUGCUUCACUUUUUGAUACCAUGGGUCGCAUUUUUGAGAGUAAAAUCAAAAUUUUGUUUGACCCGAUCAGGAAAGAAAAUCGUGGAAUAGACAUAAAGGCUGUCACGCCGAUGCUUUCACUUGCUUUUGAGGCCAUGAUGUGGUUUCAAAAAUCACAUGAAGCCUCGGUGGAUUAUCAACAUCCCUGUGGUUUUCGUGGUGAACUAUCUGUGAUGUUCUACAUGCUAGAUGUUCUUCACUGCACGGGUAUUUUUAGGGGUAGGGAGGGCUUGGCAAGGUUACAAGGUUAUCUAACUUAUUGUCAAGUUAUACCUCCUGAAGUUCAAGAACCCUGGAGCAAGUUCCAUGAGUCUAUUAAAGAGCUGAAAAACAGAUUCACCCACUGUAUGGAAGUACUUACAGAGGAGUUCACCAUCUACAAGGGAAGUAGUGAAGACGCAAAACUACUUCUCAAGCAAAUUGCUCGGAUGAAAGCUCAAUAUCAUUGUUACUUCGGCAAUGGUGACGUGAAGUGGAACCUCGACAGUCGUGAGGAGCGUUGGGAGCAUAGGUGGUAUCAAAUCGAUCAGUAUCUGGCUGGUGACAUAUUUUCGAGUGUAUUCAAGAUUCGUAGUACAGAAUCUCGAAAUGCUGCAACGGAAACAAUUCUGCAGCUUAAAAAGCUAGCUUACGAAAAUUAUCAGGAAUCCAUCCACGUGGGACGUUAUAAAGACUUACUACUCAUCGUAACAACUAGUAUGGCUCUCCACUCACCAUUUGGAAAUAGUUUAAGACACAAUUCAGCUCAGACAGCGGAGGAGUAUAGGGAAGUAUUCAAGUUUGUGGACAAGUUAUUUGCACUGGAGAAAUGCGACGAGAGGUGCAAAAGAAUUUAUGCACAUUUGUUUAAAGUUAUGUUUCUUUGGCCACAUAAAGAUCAGUUAAGCAUGUUGAGUGACUAUCGUGUCGAAGAUUUUUAUGACGCUCUGAAAAAGCUCAGGAAGAGAUGGGAAAGUAAGAGUAAAGAACACCUUGAUACUGACGCUAAAAUGCUUAAACAGAAAGUGUACAAGAACAUGUCAUUCAAGAAGGAGACUAAACAAUACACCACACUCUUCUAUUUGGGUAAAGGUACAGGACUAGAUGCAUUUGUCCAUAUUAAUGAGCUUAGAUGGUCUCGAACAGGAAAAGGAUCUCCCGACUGGGAAGAUCCAAAAACAAAACAGAGACUUAAACGCCUUACUGGGGUAGUGGAAAGUAAGAACAUCAUUACCAUGAAGAAUCCUCUGGAUUCAAGAAAAACGAUCGAAAUUUAUUAUUCGUCAUUUCGGGAAGGAGGGUUUUCUAAGGAGGAGGUGUCGUUCUUUUUAGGCUUCAGCUGGCCUCAACCUAUCGCAAUGGAUGUAAAAUAUACUAAUGCAGAUAACGUCAAAAAUGCCAUGGAAUUCGAAAGUCCAGUCUUUAGUAGUCCAGAUAAUCAAGUCCAGCUCGGUAUACCCAGUAUUUUGACUUACGAAGACUACACUAAUAAGAUGGGAAAGCUAACGAGAAAGCUAAGUGAAAUCGAGUCGUUAAAAAAGAAGAAGGAUAGAGGCGAAAAAUUGGAAGAAACUCAGGAAGCGAAAAUAGGCAAAGAAGUAGAGAUCAAGCGGAAGCUUCACGAAUUGAAACAAAACUUCGAUGCCCUGAGUGUCCUAGAGGAGGACUGAUUUGACCAAGCCGUAUGUGUCUGUGUGUCCGAGGUGGACGUACCAAACCAGAUCGGAUACUGUCAGUUCAAGAAAAAAGAACGAGGGUCGUUUUGUCAACAUUCCGACAUUUUGAGGGUUUGGGUAUCGUCAGUCUUAAGUUUUCUCUUACUCCCAACCUUCUAUACGCAGGGAUCCUCAGUUUGGGUUCGUCAUGCAAUCUCUCACCAGGAUGAAA